AUUGGAUCGCUGGUGUGUGGUCGCUGGGGUGGUGAUAUGCGCCAGGGUUGUUCGCUGUUGUGCCUAAACACAACAAUGGCCGUCGUGUGGGCAAGACUUGCCUUUUUGGCAGGAAUUAUCUCUUUAUUUCACGCUGGUUACUCUGCAGCACAACAUCGAGCAUAUAUGAGAAUCACCGAGCAGGAGUACACUUCUUUACCAACUGAUAUUGGUGUACAAGGUCUUAUGAGUCUUCUCCUAACAAUGUAUGGCAUCCUACACAUUGCUGGUGACUUCAAAGAAAUUCGAGCAAAUGUUCAGCUGCAGAAUAAGUCCUGGGAGACUGUAGGAAACCGACCAACAUUCUACACCUUUGCACACCGAGGCCGAGCACUUAGUCCAAACUAUAUACCACCUAAAUCUAAGAGUUUACUGGAUAAUAUAGAAAAUAUUUCAUCCUAGUCAAUGUGAUGUUCUGAAUUAAAUAUAAGUUUGGCUACAUGGUUUAUGUUGCAUUCUCACAAUGUAAAUUUUUUGUGUGGUUUACUGUAAGUAAAACUAUACAUGUACCUUACCUUGCUAUAUGUUACCACAAAAAUUGCCAAUAAUUGGUUUGAUGGAAUACGGAUACCAGUGGGCUUAAACAUUUAAUAUAGAGUAUUACCAACCCAAGCUUGUUAUGAACAUUAAACAUCUUAGUUUGAAAUUUGCAGAAUAGAUCUGAAGCAACUGUAUACUGUAUUGAAAUGUCUGAUAAUUUUGUGAGUGUCAAGUAAUAUGUUUAUUACAUGAAAAUAUGGACAAAAUAUCUUAUUUGUUUGUAGAUACUCGACUGUAAUUAACACCUUAAGAAACAAAGUGAAAUGUAAGGAAAAUACAACAUUAAUUAUGUAUACAGUCUUUUUUUAAAGUCUUAACUUAUAUCAAAGCAUUGAAAAAAAGUAUAUGGUAAAAGAGCAUUUGAUGUUUAUUAAUAUUUAGUAGAUAGUCGUUAAAAAAAAAAAAAGCCUUUGAAAGGUUCAAAAAAUUAUUUUCUUGUAAUUUGUGUAAUUUUUAGAUUUCAGUGAACCCUAUGACUUGUAUCUGUAGCAUGAAUAAAGACAAAUGAACUGAGUUUUACA